AUGAAAAGUUUUGUAUUUGAUAAUUAUUUUGUUUCUUAUGAAAAAGAAUUAAAUGAUGAUGUCAUAAAUAAGUAUAUUUUAAAUAAAUUAAGUUUAAUUUUUAAUAAUAAUAUAAAAUCGAUAUCUCAUGAUAUUAAUGAAUCAAAUGAAAAUGAUAAAGAGAAAAACAAAAGGUGCGAAAAUACAUUGCCUGUUGGUAAAAAUAGUACAAAUAUUAGUGAAAAAGGCAAUGUAAAUUUAACUGAAAAGCAUAAUACAGAUAUUAUUGAAAAGAACAUAACAAAUAUUAUUGAAAUAAAUAGUGCAAAUAUAAAUGAGAAAAACAAUGUAGAUAUUGUAGAAAAAAAUAAUAUUAAUAAUGAUUCUGAAAAAGAUAGUAAUACAAGUAAAUUAAAGAGAGAAAACACAUGUGAUGUAGUAAAUAAUAAUAUAAAAGAAAAAACAAAUAGUAUAAGUAUUAAUGAAUUAUUUAAAUUAAAUUCAGAUAUAUGUCAUAAUAUUGAUACAACAUUAAAAAAAAAUAAUUUAAAUGAUAUAUUAGCAAGUGAUAACAUACAUAUAAAUAAAAAAAAUGAAAGAUGGAAAAGAUACAUUAAACAUAUUGAGCUUUUUUUAGAUGUGCAUACUAUAAUUAACCUAAGUCAAACAUGUAAAUUUUUUUAUAAAAGAAAAUAUAAAGUUGGAAAUAAUAGAUUAAUAUUUAAUAGUUACUUAGGUUAUAAUCCUAAAAUAAUAUAUGAAUUUGUUUUACCUAGAAUAUAUAAACAUAUUCAUAGAUCAGUAAGAAGAAGACUUUGCUUAGAUUUUACAUUAUGCACAUUAAUAAAAGAUAUAACAGUAGCUAAUGUUUUAAAUCAAAUUUACAAGUUUGAUUCCUUAAAUACAAAACAUUUAUUUAUUUAUAAUUUACAAGAAAUUUAUUUUGAUUAUUGCCAUCAUUUGACAGAUAAAACAUUGGAAGUUUUAGCUCAAACAAGAUUACCAUCUUUAAAAACAUUAAGCAUAAAAUGUGUAAGAAAUAAAUAUUUAACUUGUGCUCCUUUAACAGUUAUGCUAAAAAAAAGUAACUGGCCAGUUUUUACUAACUUUAUAUGCUCUUUUUCAAAUGCAUGGUUAGAGCCAAUUUUUAUUGUUUCUAAUUUUAUUAUUAAUAGAGCAAAUAAUCAAAAUCAUAUAAUUUAUCAUAAGUUAAAAAAUUUGCGUAAAACCUUGGAAACAAUGAAAAAUUUUGAUAAUAAUGUUACCACAUCUAAUGAAGAAAAUGGUGCAUCUGAAAAUAUAAGAAAAAAUAAGUCCGAUGAUAAUAAUGAUGUGGUAAUGUAUGAUGAUAAAAUUGAAGAAAAUAGUAAAAAAAUUAUUAACGUAAAUAAUAAAUAUAAUUUGAUAGGUUUGCAAAAUUGUGGUGAUAAUAAUCUAGAUAAAUCCAAUAUAAUUGAUUAUAAAAAUAAAAAAAAAUUGAAAUCAUUACUUAAUAGCGAAACUGAAUGUAGCAUUAGCCAAUCGGAAACAAAUAAUAAUUUUAAUUUAUUUAAUAAUUUUUUCCAUAGCACUAUAAAACAUUUUGGCUAUUCUUCCAAAAUACAAAACAGUUUUAAUUUUAGAGAUUAUAAUAAAAAUUAUUAUCAAAAUAAGAAAGAUGAUAUAAAUAAUUCAUUAAACAAUAAUGUAAAAAAUGAAAAUGAAAAAUAUAUAAAUAAAACAAGUAUUGAAGAAAAUAUCCAUAAUCAAGAAUUACAUGAAAAAAAAGAUAUAUUUGAUGAAUUUUUAUCAAGUGAUUACGCAACAGUAAACAAAACAAAUGAUAAUUUUAUAAUGAAUGAAAGAAAAAACACAAAUUUAAUAACAAGUAAUAAUGAUACGAAAACUAGUCCUAAAAAUGUGACUAAUAAAAAUACGAAAAAAGAAAGAAAGAAUAAUGGAUUAAUUAGAGAUGACAAUUUUAGAGACGUUGAGAAAAAAAAUUGUAUUAAUAAAAAUAAUACUUGUGGUAUUAAUGAAAAAGUAAAAAAAAAAAUCGAACAAACUAUUAUUGAUAAUUAUGAUGAAAAAAACAAGGUUUAUAAAAAAAUGGAAGAAGAAAAAAAAAAAGAUAAAAUUGAUAUUCUUUCUGUAGAACAAAAUAAUGAAGAUCCUAUUAAUGAAAAAAUAAAAAUGAAAAAAAUGCAUAUUAAUGAAAACAAUGAAAAAAAAAAGAAUAAGAAAAAAAAAUAUGAAAAAAAAUAUUUUAGUGAAAAUAAGAAAGGUAGUAGAAAUAAUAAUAAGAAGACAAAAAUUUUAACAGCGGAAAAUAUUUUUUGUAUGAACAUUUUACAUAAUAAUGUUAAUACGUUUGAUGAAGAGGAAGAAGAUGAAGACGAAGACGAAGAUGAAGAUGAAGAAAAAAAUAUGAAUAAAUGUAGAUGUAAUGGGAAAGGAUGCAUAUAUAUGACAGAAGAAAUAAAUUUUAAAUGUAAUUGUGAUGACUGUCCAUUUUCAAAUGGUUAUAAAAAUUUAAUUAGUGUAGAUGAUCCAUAUAUCCAAUCUCAUUUUGUGCAACCAAAUUUAGAUAUUUUAGGCUCUUGGGGUAGUAAAUGCUUCUUAGAGAGUAUAGGUUUAGAUAUAUAUGUAAAAGGAUAUAGUGUAGCUUUAAAAAAUGAAAACAUAAAAAUAUGUGUUAAAUUAGGUAAGAAAAUACAAGAAGAAUUAUAUGAAUUAAGUAAAAGUGAAAAAUAUAAAAAUAAUAAUUUAGUUUAUUUAUUAAGAGACAAAGGUAGCGAACUUUUAUCAAAUACACCAUUAACUAUUGAAACAAAUGAAAAUGGUGGCAUUGAUAUAUGGACAUUACCAAUAUCCUUAGCUAUUAGCAAAAAAAAUAGAUAUCUUUUUUAUUUAGUUUUAAAAGGAGGUGCAAAAAUUGAUAUAUGGGAUUAUUUAGGAAAGUCUCCAUUAUAUAUUGCAUGUGAAAAUGAAUGUAAAGAAUUUGUUGAAGUUUUGUUAGAAGAAAAAAGAAAGAGAAGAAAAAAAAAUAAUAUAAUACAAUAUUCUUUUAGUGAAAACACUAUUACCUUGGGUAAUGAUAAAGGAAUAACUAUUGACAAUAACAAUAAACUAUUCAAUAAAGAUAGUCAAGAAAAUAGCAAAGAAAAUAAUAAAGAAGAUACACCUUGUAUAGGGAAAGAUGUAAAUGAACUGAACAUUAAAGAAAAAAGUUUAAUUUAUACCGAAAAUGAAAGUAUUGAAGAAUUAAAGAGAAAUACAAAUGAAAGAAAUAUUGUAAGUAAUGAAUAUAUGCAAGAAAGCUCGUAUGAAAAAAAUAAUUCAUAUGAUAUUGAUCCAUCUAAUUUGGAUGGAUUAAAAAAAAAUGAAAGUUGUAAAACAAUAUGUAUAAGUCCAUAUGGAAAUACGUGCAAUAGUUAUUAUGUUACUUUUCCUUUCGAUUUAGAAAAUGGUUAUAUACCAUUAAAUAUUGCAAUAAAAAAAAAGAAUUUUUCUAUAGUUAAUUCUUUAGUAAAAAAUGGAGAAAAUUUAAAUAUCAUAUGCCCAUUUGUAAGAGAUUAUAAAUCUCCCUUAUAUUUGGCAUGUGAAAACAACAUUAGUGAAAUUAUUCAAUUAUUAUUGGAAAAUAAAGCAGAUCCUAAUUGGUGCUAUCAUAAUAAAUUUACCCCUAUAUUAUUAGCCUAUAAUUUAAAUAAAGCAUGGGUUAAUCAUUUUAUUGAUGCAGGAGCUGGAGAAAAAUUAUGCGAUAGACAUAUAUUAACAGAGGUAUUAUCUUGUGCUAUAUUUAAAAAUGAUUUGACAACAGUUCAGCUACUUUUAAAAAAAUAUCCACAGCUAUUACAAAAAGGACAUAAUUUAUGGUCUUUACCAUUUAUUCAAGCAGCAAAAUUAGAAAGAUUAAAUAUAUUAAAAUAUUUAUAUUCUUUAAAAAAAGAAAUUAUAAAUCAAUUAGAUUUUAACAAUGUUCUUUCUCCAAUUCACGUAGCUGCAGAAGAAGGAAAUAUAGAAGUUUUAAAAUUUCUUUUAGAAAACGAUGUAAAUAUAAAUUUAACAAAUAAAUUUCACCAAAAUGCUUUACAUAUUGCAUGUUUAGAAAAUCAAGAAAAAGUAGUACAAUUACUUUUAAAUCAUAAUAUAGAUGUUAAUUGUAAAGAUAAUAUUAAUGGUGAAUGUCCAUUAAUGAUUUGUAUAAGAACAAGAAAUGAAAAUUUAGCCUUAUUAAUAUUAAAUGAAAGUAAAAAUAUUAAUUACAAUCUUACUAAUAUACAUGGAGAAACAUCUUUAAUUUACUCUAUAUUUUAUGGAUUAUAUAAUAUUGCUGAUAUAUUAAUGAAAAGAGGUGCAGAUGCAUCAGUCAGAGAUAUUAAUGGUGACAAAUCUUAUAACGUUGCAUGUGAGAGGGUUUUAUCACAUAGGACUUGUAAAAAAGUAUUAAAAAAAUUUCUUAAAUUAUAUAGAUCACAAAAUAAAAACUUUUUAUCUAAAAAAAAUAAAAUUAACAAAAAAAAUAAGUUUUAUGAGUCUUAUCAGAGUAUUAACCAAAGUUUAUUAAGUAUAUUUCGUUUAAAUAAAAAAAGAAAAAAGAAAAAAAUUAUGUCUUAUUCAAUAGAAAGUGAAAAUGUCCAUUAA